AUGUGGCUCCAAUGCAGCUGCUGUCAUGGCGGCAAUGCAACAAGCCGCGUCGCGAAUAUUGCUCGUUCCAUCGUCGCGCUUGGACUCAGACCGAUUAAGUUUCGGAGCGUCACUAAGAGAAACCCCAUCACAUCCGAGGGUCAGCACAGCGAGAUUCUGCGCCACUCGCGUUAUAGUGUCAUCGCCGCGGCUGCUGGCGCUGGAUCGACGAAGGCUGCUGCGAAGGACGAGGGAGGGGAGGAGGAGCUGAAGCAGGCUCACAAGCUCUUUGACCAGGUGGUGAUCUUUGUGAAAGCGGGCGAUGGGGGAAACGGCGCGGUGCUGCACCCCCCACGGCCGUGGAAGGCCGGGGAGACGCCUGGGCUGAAGGGAGGGAAGCUCAACGCGAGAGAGGCGGAGGAACUGAGGAGGAAGCUUCGCAGGAAGGAAGCAGAGAAGGCCAAGGCAAUGAAGAAGGUGGGCACUUUCAAGAGGGACGCAGAUGGGCUUGCGAUCGUUCCUAUGGGAGGGCAUGGGGGAGACGUGGUCAUUCACGCGGAUCCCUCGCUCUCCACGCUGCUGCCUCUGCACCGCAAGAAGCGGCACGUGGCGAGGAGCGGAGGACACGUGGAUGCUAAGGGGGGACUGGCUAGGAGAGUCCCGGACGGAUUGCAGGGGCCAGUGCUGCGGAUAGCUGUCCCUGUCGGCACGGUGGUGAAGCGCAAGAGGGGAGGCAAGUUCCUGGCGGAUCUGGCAAACCCGGGCGAUGAAGUGGUGGUGGCGACGGGAGGAAGAGGAGGGCUCCUUUCUUCUCUCCUGGCGGAUCUGACAAACCCGGGCGAUGAAGUGGUGGUGGCGAGAGGAGGCAGAGGAGGGAUCAGCGUGUACGAGGUUCCUGCGUCAAACAAGGCCCACCUGCGCCCCGUCAAGGCACCAUUGGGAACCACAGUGAUGACUGCACCAGAGGACAAGCAACUGACAUACGGGUUGCAAGGCGAGGAGGUGGCACUGGAGCUGACGCUGCGAGUGGUGGCUGACGUGGGACUCGUGGGAUUCCCCAAUGCAGGAAAAUCGUCCCUGCUAGCAGCAGUAACAGCAGCGCGGCCGGAAAUAGCAGACUACCCGUUCACGACCCUCAUGCCUAACCUGGGCCGCAUGCCUGCCGAUCCUGCUGGUCCGGAUGGCGGGUUCGGCGACGGGCCUACCCUGGCGGAUCUGCCAGGGCUGAUCGAAGGGGCGCAUGUGGGGAAGGGCCUGGGUCGCAUGUUCCUGCGUCACCUGCGCCGCACCCGGGUGUUGCUGCAUGUGCUCGAUGCAUCUGCUCCUGAUCCUAUUCAUGACUACGUGGUGUUGAGAGAGGAGCUAAGAAUGUAUAACCCAGAGUACACGUCCCGCCCACACAUUCUCGUGCUCAACAAGAUUGACCUACCCGAGGUUCGUGCGCGCAUUCCGGACCUAACAAGUCAGAUCGCUCAGCUGACAUCAGCAAGCCAACAAGCUGACGCCAGCAUCACCAGCAAAAAUACCUCCUACCCCUCCUCUCCCUCUUCUUCCCCUCCUCGCGCCUACACUGAGGAGGGUUCAUUGAGCCGACUGGACGAUGACUGGGAGGAUUCAAGAGGCAGUGCUGUUGCCGAUGCUGAAUCAGACGUGAAUGUUACAAUGAAUGGUGGUGCUGAUGUCGAAGCAUCGCCAAGUGAACGAUUGGAACCUCCCAUUGCCAUUGUGCACAUCAGCGCACGUGAGGGGGAGGGCAUAGAGGACUUGCUGACGGUGGUGCGAGAGGCAGUGGAGGCGGAGAGGAGGGGGGAGCUGCGGGGAGGGGAGGGGAGGAAGGGGGUGGUGGGAAGGGCUGGGGGAAGAGGAGGGAUGGCGCGAAGGAGCAGCAGGGGAGUGCAGGGAGGGGUGGAGAGAGAGAAGGCACCUCAGUGGCAGCUGUAA